AUGGCUCCAAAAUUUCGUGACGUAGAUCAAACGACACCUCUGCUACUAGACUGCAAUAAUAACAACGGCCGAUGCGGCGAUGACGUACGAAGGAUCGCCAAUGGGAACAUUGUCCGCAUCAGCAACGAGAUCGAGCGGAAUGAUAAACCUUCGCCGCUGGAUGCCCGGUACGGUACGAUGCUGGUGGACCCGGUAGACGGACGGACUUUGGAACAUCCCACCACCAACCUCGACACGCUGAUGCACAUGCUGAAUGGGAACCUUGGCACCGGCAUCCUGGCGAUGCCGGAUGCGUUCAAGAAUGCUGGCCUGUACGUGGGGUUUUUCGGUACGCUCGCGAUGGGUGUCAUCUGUACGCACUGUAUGCACCUAUUGGUGCGCUGUUCGCACGAUCUCUGCCGACGGUACGGUCGGCCCUCGCUCUCGUAUGCCGAGGUCGGCUACUAUGCGCUUGAUUCAGGACCAACCUGGUGCCAACCGCUUGCCGCUAGCUUCCGCCGUUUAAUCAACACCUUCCUGAUCGUAAUGCAGCUCGGCCUGUGCUGCGUGUAUUACCUGUUCGUGGCGGUUAAUCUACGCGAGCUGCUCGAAUACCUUGGCGUGCAGGUGCCCGUACUAACUGUGCUAGGCUAUCUACUCAUACCGCUCAUACUGAUGAACAUGGUGCGGAGCUUAAAGCUACUCACCCCAACGUCACUGAUUGCCUCCGUGCUAGCAAUUGCCGGGUUGGCGAUCGCGUUCCUCUUUCUGCUGCAGGAUCUGCCGCACAGUACGUCCGUACGGCCGGUUUCGUCCUGGUCGACGUUACCGCUCUACUUCGGCACGGUCAUGUACGCGUUCGAGGGCAUCGGCGUAGUACUACCGCUCGAAAACAACAUGGCAAACCCGCGCGACUUCAUCACCUGGAACGGUAUACUAAACACCGGCAUGACAAUCGUGGUGUGCCUAUACACGGCCGUCGGGUUCUACGGCUACAUUAAGUACGGCGAACAGGCACAGGGUAGCGUCACACUUAACCUGCCCAACGAUAAUCUACUCGCACAAAUAGUUCGCUUGCUGAUGGCCGUCGCCGUACUCGCCUCGUACGCGCUACAGUUCUACGUCCCGAUGACGAUCCUAGCACCGGUCGUGACCAAACACUUCCGCCACCGGCACUGUGCCGAAUACGUGCUGCGGCUCGUCACCGUCCUGCUAACGUUCGUGCUCGCCGCCAUCAUACCGAACCUGGGCACCUUCAUCUCGCUCGUCGGUGCCGUCUCCACCUCCACGCUGGCGCUCAUCUUCCCACCCCUGAUCGAUCUAUUCACGCUGUGGCCGGACGGGGAUCGGCCCGGUCGGCGCUGGAUCGUGCUGAAGGAUGCGCUGAUCAUCGCGUUCGGUGCGUGCGGGUUCUUCUUCGGCACCGCCAAAAGCCUCGCGACCAUUUUCGGCACAUCCGCGAUUGAUCCGAGCGGAAUGCACUAA